AUGUAUUUCUUCAUAUGUACUGCUCCGGCUGAUGGUCUUGACAAUGGUACCUAUGGUCGGCGUUCCCGCAACCAUACCGAAGUCUUGGUGGAGGAAUUCGAGUUAGGUGUGCUAUGGGACGAAUAUGGACUUGUAGGAGACAUCGUGCCAUUCACUAACUAUUUCCCGCAAGCCGACAUUCACGAACUCCUCUCCCCCGACAUUUUACAUCAGCUGAUAAAGGGUGCGUUCAAGGACCAUAUCGUCACCUGGGUCCACAAAUACAUUAAGGCUCGGUACUCGGAAAACGAGGUGAAUAUAAUAUUAGAUGAUAUUGAUCACCGUAUUGCUCUUGCUCCCUCAUUUGCGGGCCUUCGACGAUUCCCGGAGGGAAGGGGCUUCAAACAGUGGACGGGAGAUGAUUCCAAAGCACUGAUGAAGGUGUAUAUACCCGCGAUUGAAGGCCACGUACCUCCGGAGAUGGUGCUGACUUUGCAAGCAUUAAUUGAUUUUGUCCUCAAUGCGUUGGAUGAUGCACUCGAGCGUUUCCACAGGCACCGCGAAAUAUUUGAAACAUCCGGUGUUCGCCCUAAUGGAUUCAACCUCCCUCGACAACACUCGCUUAUCCACUACCACAAAAUGAUCCGAUCGUUUGGCGCACCAAACGGACUCUGUUCUUCCAUCACAGAAUCUAAACAUAUCAAGGCUGUCAAGGAGCCGUGGCGACGGUCCAGUCGGUUCGAAGCCCUCAAUCAGAUGUUACUGACAAAUCAACGUCUAGAUAAGUUAGCGGCGUCUCGUGUUGACUUUGCUAGCCGUGGGAUGCUAACAGGAACAUGUCUAUCAUAUAUCCUUGAUAAACUCGGGCUAAACGCUCCAGUGCACAAUGCAGAAGCCAUUCAAGUCCGGCUCGAGGACGAGCCGAUUGACAUUCCCCAUCUCGGACGCAACAAUCACGUGAAUGCCAACUUGGAGGCUGAUGCAGACCAAGAUGCUGAGCUCGAGGGUGACGCUGUUGCUGGACCGACGGUGAUAGCUCAUGUAGACUUGGCGAAGAAAUCUGCAAAACGGAUCUACGCAGACCUACUCGCAGAUCAAAUUGGUGAACCGGAACUCACCACUCACAUUCAGCGAUUUUUACAUGACCAGCUCCAUUGUUCUGACUCCAACUCAGAAGCCUCCGAGUCUGGCGCUGGCUCGUCCAGUGCCCUUCCCGAACUACAUGAAAAAAUAACUCUGUAUACAUCUGCCAUUGCCACCUUCUUCGCUCCCAGUGAUGUCUCAGGCAUCGGCGGUAUGCGCUACGAGCGAAUUCGUGCCGUGGAUACCUGGAGGAACGGCCCUGGUCGAUAUGACUGUGUUUUCAUUAGUACUGAUCCCACUGUCGAGGGUAUGCGUGGCUUCGAUAUCGCUCAAGUAAGGCUUUUCUUUUCAUUUAAACACAAUGGUGUACAUUACCCUUGUGCAUUUGUGCAUUGGUUCAAACACGUGCACGACUCACCAGAUGAGAACACAGGAAUGUGGGUAGUAGAGCCUGAAACCCGCGAGGAUGGGACACAAUUUGCCUCUGUCAUUCACCUUGACUGCAUUUUUCGUGCGGCACACCUUAUGCCUGUAUUUGGGCAUGAAUUUGUACCUACUUAUCUCUCUUACACACAGACCCUUGAUGCUUUCCGCACUUACUAUGUAAAUAAAUACAUUGACCAUCAGGCAUUUGAGAUUGCCUGGUGA